AUGAAUAAAAUUAAAGCGUUUUUCCAUAAAAAUAAACGUUUCGAUACUGAACAAAAUAUUCAACAUAUUGAUCGUAAUAAUAACAAUAAUAGAAAUGAUAAUAAUAUAGGGAAUAACAAUACUUCUAAUACGGUUCCUCGUACAAAGAUAGAUCAAACGAUAGAUCCAAUUCAAAUUAGUUCAGAAAUUGAAACUCAAAAUAUCCCAAUUGCCCCAACAACAGCAAAAACUAAUAUUCCACAAGAACAAACUCAUAUAAUAUCAUCUGUACAAAUUGAUGAAGAUAAUGAUGAUUCAUUUGAUGAUUCUAAUUUAUCAUUAAUAUCAUCAGAUUUUGAAAGUGAAUAUAGUUAUAUUAAUGAUUCAAACACAGAAGAAAACAUUUUUUCUGAACAAAUUGAAUUAAAUAAUUAUAAAUUGAUUGAAAAGAUCGGUGAAGGUGCUUUUUCAAAAGUUUAUAGAGGUAUACCACUUGAAUCAUCAUUUGUGGCAAAACAAUAUAAACAAGUAGCAAUUAAAGUUAUUAAAAAAGAUAUAUUAACCGUUGAAGAUAAUGAACCAAUGGAAAUUAAUGGUGAAAGACAUGGUUCAAGCAAAACUUCAACAAGAGAACAAGUAUUAAAAGAAGUUGCAUUACAUAAACAAGUUUCACCAGGUUGUAAAAAUAUUGUUCAAUUUAUUGAUUUUCAAGAGACUCCAUCGUAUUAUUAUAUUAUUCAAGAAUUAUUAAAUGGUGGUGAAAUAUUUAAUGAAAUUGUUAAAUUAACAUAUUUAAGUGAAGAUUUAACACGUCAUAUUGCAAAACAAUUAGGUAAUGCAAUUAAACAUUUACAUUCAAUGGGUGUUGUUCAUCGUGAUAUUAAACCAGAAAAUUUAUUAUUUAAUUCAAUUGAAUUUUUACCAUCCAUUCAACCACGUAAAUUUCGUAAAAGUGAUGAUCCGAAUUCAAAAGCUGAUGAAGGUAUAUUUAUUCCAGGUAUUGGUGGUGGUGGAAUUGGUAUUGUUAAAUUAGCAGAUUUUGGUUUAUCAAAACAAAUAUAUCAAACAAAUACUAAGACUCCAUGUGGUACAGUUGGUUAUACAGCACCUGAAGUGGUUAAAGAUGAAAUGUAUUCAAUGAAAGUUGAUAUGUGGGGGAUUGGUUGUGUUUUAUAUACAAUGCUUUGUGGAUUUCCACCAUUUUACGAUGAUAAAAUUAAUAUUUUAACAGAAAAAAUUUCAAGAGGUGAAUAUACUUUUUUACAACCAUGGUGGGAUGAAAUUAGUGAUGGUGCUAAAAGAUGUGUUAGUAAAUUAUUAGAAGUUGAUCCAUUAUUAAGAUAUGACAUUGAUGAAUUUUUAAACGAUCCAUGGUUAAAUCAAUAUGAUUGUGAAAUUAAAGAAAAGACGAAAAUUAAAAGAAAAACGAAAAUCCAUCAUAAUAAUAGACGUCGGAUUUUAUUCAAUCAAUUUAAUGAUAAAGAUGUAUUGUAUUCACCUGCCGCUGUAGCAAUGCGUGAUGCAUUCGACAUAAGUAAUGCAGUUGCACGUAUUGAAGAAGAGCGUAUGCAAACACCUGUUUAUGGUCUCGGUUCACUAGCUGAAGGUGACGAAGCUACAUCAUUUGAUGAACAACAGUUAAAAGAACAGGAAAGACAACAGGAAAGACAACAAGAAUUAGAAAAUAAAAUGUUUCAUUUGAAAUUAGAUACUUCUACCAUUGUAAUGAGACGUAAACAAAAGAAAAAUAGCAUACCUUAG